AUGACUCGGAUACCUUUGCUCGUGGCAGCAACGUCGUUGGUCGCUGGAUCAAUCGCUGGAGCGGUCUACGUAGAACCUUCCUACGUCGAUGUCUCGUAAGUCUGACUGCAGGCGGCGGUGCCAAUUCCCGCAGCGCACAGCGGACUGCGAGCGAGCCAAGAACAGCCAGGCCCACCCCUGCGGUUGCUGCGAUCGAAACGGAUCGUCUACCACGACUGGGAAUCAGUGCAGGCUUUCGGGCAUCGCAACGUUGGAGAUGGGCGUAAUGCCGGAUGUGGAGCUCAACACAACUCGAGCUCCGCUUUGGACCAUUGAGCAUCGCCUGUCAUUGUGGAGUGGCGUCGUGCGACAGCGAUCCGGAAUGAGACCCGCUCCGAUCCCUCGAGACAUUUGACUGAACACCAGACUCCGAUCUCGCGCAUCUGCAAUCGCCCCCACCCCCCUACAGACGCAUUCAAGAAACACUACGACAGGCUCAACAAAAGCAUCAGUCUGCGCUCGACAACUUCCAUGCCAAUGAACUGAAUCACCCGGAGGUACUGGAACAACACCAGUCGCUGAUUCGGCAUGCGCAUCGCAUCGAACGGAGAGCGAGGGCCAGGGCUAGGGUUGAGAAAAGGCAGAGCUCGGGCCAAGGUGUGGUACCCAUGUUGGACUUUUGUGAGUACAUGGUUCAAAGGAGACCGUUGAUUUAUAUCCUGAACUAACACCUACGGUGUGCUCUGACACAGACUCGGAGCCCCUCGACAUUAUGUGAGCUUUCGUCGAACCGGACGCCGAGCCCGACCCCGACGCCGGGGGCCGUAUGAAGUGGCCGAUUCGACCGAGGUAUCAAUCAGCGGGCCCACUAACACACUUUCCCACACAACUCUAUGAUAGGGUCUACACCAAUGUUUCGAUCGGGACGCCAGGACAAGUCUUCCCCAUUCUGAUCGACACUGGCUCGGCCGACCUGUGGGUGUACCAAGAGGGUGUCGGCCAAGUUGCGACAGCCGAGUGGGACGCGAGCAAAUCGACUUCGGUCGUCACGACGCCUUCGAUCCCAUGGAGUAUCAAGUACGGCUCGGGAUCCCAGCAGGGGUUCUUGAACCAGGACAUUGUGACGAUGGGCGGCUAUUCAGUCGACACUGUCUUUGCUGCUGCGACAACGCUGAACCAGGUUCGUCGGAACUGGCUUCCGUGACUCUGAUCGCCGAAAGCUAAUGAAUCGACCUUCGUUCGCUUCGAUCAGGCUUUUUCGCCCUAUCCUAUCAGCGGAAUUUUUGGUGAGUGAACUACCCUGGUUGACUCGCCCCCUCCCUGCUUCCCUCACGACUGACAGGCCAUGAUUAGGCUUCGGCUUUGGGGUCGUUGCCGCGAGUGGAUACAGUCCUUGGUUUGAAAGGUGGGUUGCCUCGGGAACCCUUUGUCGAGAUCAAGCACUCACCAGCAAAUGUGUCUUCUCUUAAUCUAGACUCAUGAAUCAAAGCAUCGUCGCAAACCCCUAUUUUUCCAUGUUCCUCGUGCGAGCAUCUGACAUCACCACGGUCCCACAAGGUAGUGUCGGAGGGGCGCAGUUGUGCAUCGGUUGCAUGGACAACGCCAAGUUCACCGGAACGAUGUGAGUUAUGCUUCUCCGAUCGAAGGCUGCGAUUCCCCCUGGCUUAAACGUUGGUGGCUUGGCGCGGCUCGACCCCUGCGCAGCUCGUGGAACCGCGUCACCUCGAUCGCCUUCUGGACGAUCGCGAUGGACGGUAUCGCCUUGAACGGCACGGUCAUCACUGGAACCGAAAUGAACGCCUCUUUCGAUUCCGGCACGACCCUGAUCCAAAUUCCCGUCGCAGCGGCCCAAGCGAUGUACGCCCAAAUCGGUGGUGUCGAUUCAGGCACCGGCGAUGGGACCUACAACAUCCCUUGCGACGCACCCAUUGGGUCCCUAGCCUUCGCCGUUAAAGGGGUGCAAUAUGAGAUCCCGCCCGAAGAUCUCAUCCGAGCAAUCUCUCGCGAUCGAAGCAUCUGCGUCCUUACCAUCGCAGGAGUGGACAAUGUCGAUGCGCGAGGUAGACCCACCGCCAUCGUUGGCGGAGCUUUCCUCAAGAACGUCUACGCCAUCUACUCCUACUCUUACCAAGGAGCUCCUGCUGUCGGGCUGGCGAGGAGUAUUAUUGCGGGGAGUUGGAAUUUCACAUCGGGUAGUGGGGAAAGCCCGGCGAAUAAUUUGACGAUCGCUUCGACGGGGUCGAUUACGGUCAGUCAGGUUGGGCCGGUGACGAGUUUGGCGACGACGGAUGGGGGGAUGGUCACUUCGGGUGGAUUGGGAAAUGCGUGAGUCACAGAUCUGUCACGGGAACGGGACUAUUUUAAAGGGUGUUCGAAGCUGAUCUCCAAGCAUCUUCCUCUGACUUCUUGACACACUCGCAGUCCCUCCACCACCACCACCAGCAGUAGCAGCAGCAGCAGCAGCAGCAGCAUCGCUUCCCCCACGCCGACUUCAAUGACCCCCGCUGCCGAAGUGACCGUCACUUCCCAACCCGAAACAACAAUAUUCGUUACCGCCUCAGCCGCUUCUCCUAUCCCCUCAGCCACCUCCCGAACCUCAGGAGUGGAGCGAAGGACCUUUGGAUCGACGGGUGUGGGUUUGUUGGUGCUUUUGGGUGCGGGAGGUCUGUGGGUCGUAUAG